AUGGGAAGAAACACAGAAGGGAAAUACACAGAACAAAACACAAAAGAAAAGAAAAACACACAAGGAGAAAGAGGGAAAGAAAGAAAGAAAAAACACACAGGGAAGAAGAUAAAUAUAGACGGGGAGAAAAGACACGGGGUAAAUGACAACAAAGAUAAAAAGACAAAGGCAGGGAAAGACAAAAGGGGUAAAAACAAGAAUAAAAAGAGAGAGGGAGAGAAGGGAAAGAAGAGAAAGAAGACUCAGGGGAAAACGUAUUGGAAAAAUAGCAAUGAGGAGAAAGAUAGACGGAGAGACAAGGAAAUGGGAAGAAAUAACAGAAAGAAAAUAAACAAAACACGGAAAGAACCAUAG